CUUCACGAUGCCCAAAAGCCCAUAUGAACCGAACCCCACAUCGUGGUUACAGCCCUCGUAGCGGUGGUUCUCCAUAGCCCAUAGGUUCCCUCCCCUCUCUCCUCUGGACGCUCGUCGAUGGCUGGACGAGACGGGGAUGGCGGUGACGGCGACGACUACAUGGGCGAUCUCUCUCUCUUCCUCCCUGCCGAACUCGAUACUGAUAAAACGAACAAGGUAAUUUUAACCCUGACCCCCCUCCAUCUUCGCGUUGUUCUUCGUAAAAAGAUUCCAGCUUUAACCCUAAUCGCCUCUGCUGCCCGGCACAAGUUUGGCUCGAAGGCGAAGCAGAACCAGCCGGAGCCGAAGCCCAAGUGGCCCAAGGGCCUCAGCUGGCAGGAACAGCGGAGGCUCGAGAGGGAGCGGAAGCAGCGAGAGGAGGACGAGCGCACGAGGGCGAGCCUCGAGUCGGAAAUCCCGGCCUCCAACGUGGGGUUCAGGAUGCUGAAGAUGAUGGGGUACACGCCCGGGUCGGCGCUGGGGAAGGACGGCGGCGGGCGGGCGGAGCCGGUGGGGCUACAGAUUCGGCGGUCCAGGGCAGGGAUUGGUGUCGAGGAGGACGCGGUGAGGAAGGAGAGGGCUGCGGAAGAGAGGAAGCGGAAGAGAGAGGAGGAGAUGGUGGCAGAGUUCGGGUCACGGCAGAAGACGCAUUGGAGGAGCCGGAGAAUCGUUGGAGAUUACCGUAAGGCAGAGGCUGCUUUGGCGCAGUUGGAGAAAAGGGAGGUGGUUGAGACCCCAAAGGACGACGAUGAGGAGGAUGAGGAAGAAGAAGAGGAAGUAAUCACUGAAGAGAAUUUGCAUGAUAUACUGACAAAGCUGAGAGAUGAACACCGAUACUGCCUCUACUGUGGAUAUCAGUAUGAGUCGGCAGAGGAAUUGGCAACUAAUUGUCCCGGACCAAGCGAUGAAGAUCACUGAUCACAAGCGAUGAAGAUCACAAACAACUUGCAGAGCCUGUUUAUCGUUGUUACAAGUUCCAAAUGCUAAGCGCCCCCCCUAGUCGAUCUGAUGUCAAUCUGUGGAACAAAUAGGGAGUGAUGUUCAAUAUGUAGCAUGUCUCACCGAUUGUUCCACUGACGAGAUUAUCAUCUUGAUAGUGGUUGUGCCUAUGAGAGGGGUCAUUGAUCAGAACGGCAUCAGCAGACCCUUAUUCAGACAACUGAAAAGGUGAUUCAUCUUCAAGUGGGAUGAACCUUGUUACCAGAGACUGGUUAUAAGGUGGUCCAAGUUAGCGACCAACUCUGAGUUCUUGGAGCAGAUUGCACGAAUUGUCAAUGGCCCUAGAUAUAGUGAACGGUAUCAUGGAAUUCAUCAAAUAGUGAUUCUAAAGAAUACAUUUAUGAGGAGGCCAAAGUAGUUGUCUGUCUCUCGGUCCUCAAAGGAGGAAAUUGAUAACCGAUGUUGUGUAUUUUAUCAUAAGCCUGUGGUGGCUGUCGUAUCGAAAUUGUUGUAAAUUUAUUUACUUGUCAGCAAGAAUCUAGGUUCUGGAACAUAAACAAUUGCGAUCUGCCAGCCUUCUUCAGAUGGCAAAAGGGGGGUGUUGCUAUCAGUGCAGCUAAUAAAAUAAACUGACCACCGGGAGAAAGUCCA